AUGGCAUCAGUUUCUGGUUCGAUUGGUUUGGAUCUGAACAACGAAAUGAGGAGUCAUCAAGUCGCCAUAGCCGAGCUCAACGCCUUACCUUCUUCCAGAACUGUCUAUCAGAAAAAUGGGAACUUGUUUUUUCGCACAACCGUCCAAACAGCAACAAGCAUGGAGCAGAAACAACUUGAUUCAGCCAAAGCCAAGCUAAAGAAUCUGAAUUCUUCCGUAUAG